UACUUCUCUCUAACACUCUAACACACAUUCAGGCGUUCUUUGCUUUUGCAGAUAGCUCUUUUCUCAGUUAUAUUUUCUUGGCAAAGUCCCUUUCCUUUCCCAUGAAAAUGGAGAAGCUAAGCAAGUUCCUAGAAACUUCAAAACCUUACUUUGCAAUGAUAUCAUUACAAUUCGGCUAUGCCGGAAUGAAUAUUAUCACCAAGGUUUCUCUCAGCAGAGGGAUGAGCCACUACGUGCUUGUGGUUUAUCGCCAUGCCAUUGCAACCGCAGUCAUAGCCCCCUUUGCUUUAUAUUUUGAAAGGAAAGCGCAACCCAGAAUCACAUUUAAAGUUUUCAUUCAGAUAUUUGUGUUAGCUCUUCUGGGCCCUGUGAUUGAUCAGAACUUCUAUUAUGUGGGGCUGAAAUAUACAACACCAACUUUCUCGUGUGCAAUGAGCAACAUGCUCCCUGCUAUGACAUUUGUAAUGGCUGUCAUAUUCAGGAUGGAGAAGCUUGACCUGAAAAAAUUACGGUGCCAAGCGAAGCUAGUGGGAACUAUAGUGACAGUGGCUGGAGCUUUGUUAAUGACCUUUUACCAGGGCCCCGUGUUGGGGUCGAAGCACAACCUGCCUCAAAACUCUUAUACCACAGAUACUACUGGAACCGUUAGCAAGAACUAUUUCAUGGGCUCUAUGUUUCUUAUCAUUGCUACUCUUGCCUGGGCUGGCCUUUUUGUUUUACAAGCCCAUGCUUUGAAGACAUACAAGAAUCAUCAACUCUCUCUUACAUCUCUGAUGUGCUUUGUGGGCACUCUACAAGCCAUUGCUGUCACCUUUGUUGUAGAACACAAACCAUCUGUUUGGAAAAUUGGCUUUGACAUGAAUCUCCUUGCUGCCGCCUAUGCUGGAAUCGUAACAUCAAGCAUUUCAUAUUAUGUCCAAGGACUAGUGAUAAAGAAAAAAGGCCCUGUCUUCGCAACUGCUUUUAGCCCCUUGAUGCUGAUAGUUGUAGCCUUUAUGGGCUCCUUCAUCCUGAAAGAAAAUUUUUUCCUCGGAAGCAUUAUUGGUUCUAUCUUGAUUGUCAUGGGGCUUUACUCAGUCCUAUGGGGAAAGCACAAAGAGACCAUAGAGAAUAAAGUUGAGGAAAUACCAGAUGUCAUAAAGAGUACACAAGUAAAUGGAGAUGCAACAAGAAUGGAAGAUAUUGAAGCUGAUGAAAUAGAAAUGGGAAAGGGAAAAGGAGACAAGCUCUCUUCUAUGGCCAUUACCAUGCCCAUGAAAGGCAAUCAAGACACAAAGCCAUAAUUAUCAAAAUGGAUGCAUUGGGAUGGGCCUUUUUGUCUUUUCAUCCCCAAUUCUGUUAUCCUUUUUUCUUCUUAGAAGUUAUAUAAUAUGGGAGUUUGUGGUGUUGUAUCUUAGCUAAUAAUAAUAGUUCAAAAAGACUUUUAUAUAAAUCUAUAAUGGAAUUAUAUAUGAGAAUCCUAGAGUUUUCCUUUAUCUCAA